AUGGCGACGAGGAAUCGUACGUUGUUGUUCCGAAAGUACAGAAACUCACUGAGGAGCGUCCGUGCUCCGAUGACGGAAUCGAAAUCCGGCGUAGGUCCUGUGAUCGAGAUGGCUAGCUCAUCUCUAUUGCAUCCCAAACGAUCCUAUGCUCCGGUUAGUACCGAAGAUCCAGGGAGUUCGAGUAGAGGAGGAGCAAUAACAGUGGGGUUACCACCAGAUUGGGUCGAUGUUUCUGAGGAGAUUUCAGUGAACAUUCAGAGGGCAAGGACUAAAAUGGCUGAACUGGGGAAGGCUCAUGCGAAAGCCUUGAUGCCUACGUUUGGUGAUGGUAAAGAAGAUCAGCAUCAGAUUGAGUCUUUGACUCAAGAGAUUACUUUCCUGUUGAGGAAAUCAGAGAAGCAACUUCAGAAGCUAUCUGCAGCUGGACCUUCUGAGGAUUCAAACGUCAGGAAAAACGUGCAGAGAUCUCUUGCUACUGAUCUCCAAUUCCUUUCUAUGGAGCUCCGCAAGAAACAGUCUACAUAUCUGAAACGUCUGAGACUACAAAAAGAGGAUGGAGCGGAUUUAGAGAUGAAUCUCAAUGGAAGCAGCUCUAGAGCAGAAGAUGAUGACUUUGAUGAUAUUUUAUUUAGUGAGCAUCAGAUGAGCAAGAUAAAAAAGAGCGAGGAAAUAUCAGUAGAGAGGGAGAAAGAGAUUCAGCAGGUUGUUGAAUCCGUAAACGAGCUCGCCCAGAUAAUGAAGGAUCUUUCUGCACUUGUAAUAGACCAGGGUACAAUAGUUGAUCGGAUUGACUACAACAUCCAGAACGUUGCUAGUACAGUUGAAGAUGGUCUCAAACAGCUGCAAAAGGCAGAACGUACACAGAGAAGUGGAGGUAUGGUUAUGUGUGCGUCUGUUCUUGUCAUCCUCUGCUUAAUCAUGAUAGUACUCUUAAUCCUAAAGGAGAUUUUCUUGUAA